CAUCCUGUAGCCGCCUAAAUGCGACUAGGACCAAAAGUCGCAUGCUCUAAUGUUGGUCAAUUGAAUUGAAAUCUAACUGUAUAACGUUUUACGAAUAGUUUUUUUAUUACUACUCUCCGUGAUGGCAGACGUGAAAGUUAAGCAAGAAUCCCCUGAUCCAGUACAGAUCGAAAACAGGAUAAAGGAGCUAUGUCAACAGUUCCCUCACGGAAUAACAGACCAGGUCAUCCAGAAUGACAUGCCUCAUUUGGAGGCUCAACAGAGAGCCAUGGCAAUUAACAGACUACUAUCAUUGGGUCAGUUGGAUCUUCUACGAAACAGCUCAGGACUCCUAUACCGCAUGAAAGACGCCCAGACAGCAAGCAAAAUGAAAGGCUCUGACAAUCAAGAGAAGCUGGUGUAUCAGGUCAUUGAGGAUGCCGGAAACAAAGGAAUCUGGAGCAGGGAUAUUAGAUACAAGAGUAACCUUCCCCUGACAGAGAUAAACAAAAUCCUCAAAAACCUGGAGAGCAAGAAACUGAUCAAAGCUGUAAAAUCUGUGGCUGCGUCGAAGAAGAAGGUUUACAUGCUAUACAACCUGCAACCAGACCGAUCAGUGACUGGCGGAGCCUGGUACAGUGACCAGGACUUUGAGUCUGAGUUUGUGGAGGUUCUGAAUCAGCAAUGUUUUAAGUUCCUUCAGAGUAAGGCUGAGGUGGCGAGGGACAGCAAGCAGAGCCCAAUGGUACAAAGGAACAGCUCAUUCGCUACCUCUCACGAAGUGUGGAAGUAUAUUUGUGAACUCGGCAUCAGCAAGGUGGAUCUGUCUAUGGAGGACAUUGAGACUAUUCUGAAUACCCUUAUCUACGAUGGCAAGGUGGAGAUGACCAUUAUCGCAGCCAAGGAGGGCACAGUAGGGAGUGUAGAUGGCCAGAUGAAACUGUACAGAGGGGUCAACCCCAUCAUCCAGCCUACAGGCCUGGUCAAAGCUCCAUGUGGUCUCUGUCCGGUGUUUGAUGAUUGUCAUGAAGGAGGUGAGAUCUCACCCUCCAACUGUGUGUACAUGGCUGAGUGGCUGGACUUUUGACUGGUGUCUAUUAUUCUCUCUCUGUAGGGAAAGUGUUUCAUGUAUAUUUUUCUCCUGGCACUUUUGAUCUGAAAAUAUUUUAUUUAUACAGUGCUUAAUAAAUUCUUUAAGACUGA